AUGUAUUUACGCAAUUGUCAAGAGUACGACUGGUUUGAAAAUGUUAGACCAUUGACCAGAAAUCUUCAUUGUCCAGUUAGUGGGAAAAAUCACGAAGUUCUUUCCGUGAUGAUCAUGGAUUGGUGCCUUGAAAUUUUAUUAUGGAAUUAUACAGGAUCUGGAAUUGUCGGAGAUCCUGCUUAUCCUGAGACUUUCUGGAGGGAAACAAACUGGUACAGGAUCUCGCCAGAGAGUCCAUGUUUAGAGACCAUUGUUUAUUGUGAAGACGACACAGAAAGCUAUUGUAUUUCCCAGUUUGAGGAACAGAGUCCGAAAGAUGAAACCGAAAACUCGUUUUCAUCUUUUGAUGAUCUUCUAGAUAAGAAGAAAAAAGAAAGCUCUAGAUACAGCAUUGCUUUGGAUUCUAAGGCCAACGAUCAUGUGAGGGAUACUGCCCCUGCUAUAUGCCUAGGAUUGAAAUACAACAAUAACUUGAAGAGUCUAGAUGUGUCCAUUAUGGAAUGUCGUAACCUCCCUUUUGUGGAUUGGAAGAAACAACAGUCAAAUCCAUAUGUUAAAUCAUAUUUAGUUAUCGCAGAUAUCAAAUACGGCAAAAGGAAAACAAAGGUCAUGCCAUCCUCAACCAAUCCGAGGUUCUAUGAAUUAUUUCGGUAUUUUAUAUCAAAAUCGGACUUACAAGAUUCAGAAUUACUGGUAACAGUUUGGCACUAUAAUAAAUACGGUAGGAACUUCUGUAUUGGCCAGAUGACCAUUCAGUUUGAGGAGCUCUGCUUCGGUGAACCGUAUACAAGGUGGUAUAAGCUUGAACAAACCGGAGAAACUUACCACUCUUGUUUUAUGUUAUGAACAGCUGC